AUGUCGCCCUUAGACAGCUUGUCCCUUCCUGGCUCUCCUCAUGGGCACCGUUCUAACGAUGAUGACCCGUUCACUUCGAUCCCGUCUACUCCGUCUUCCAGCCAUCAUCAGUCUUCAGCUCUCCCUUCCGUCCUUGAUCCCCAAGCAACUCCGCAACAUCGACACCAGACUGGAGCAAUUCACCAACCAAGUAUCGACUCCCUGCCAGCGCUUUCGCCCCAUGUUCCCGGUUGGUAUCCCUCCACGCCGGGAUCAUCUGCUGUUGUUGUCAUACCUCAGUACUCUGAUCGCUCUGAUCGCUCUUCCAUCAUGACAUGCAGUUUGGAUGAUGGUUUCCUGACUGCCAACCAAACUCCAGUAUCAGGGUCCUUCCUUCACCAUACUCAAAGUCGUGUUGCCCUAUCCGCCGGGAGCCAUACCAGUUCAUCUUCCGAAGAGCCAACCGGUCCUAUCAUUGAUCAUCGGAAUCUUCAGCAGAACCUUUUAAUCUUAUCGCCUUCUGCUCGACAUUCCGCUUCGUCAUCUCCACGGACCUCUCGCACCUCUCAUUCAUUUGCGUGUUCAGCUUCUAGCAAGAUGGUCCACGCUGAAGAUAUGGGUAGCAUCAGCGGAAACCAUUCCAUCAACGCAACAAGUGCAGCUUCCCCGGGAGACUUAGGAAGCCAGCCAAACCAAGUGAUCGAAGCAUCCGACUUACCAGCGCAUUCUUACACUAAAAGUCUUCCAUCAGCUUGUGACGGCUCAGCAGCUAGCUCCGAGGCGCCAAGUGCCGAUGCAUUUGCCUAUCGUACCAUCGGCCCUGCGUUUGUCUUGAGAACCUAUCAGCCAAAAAAAUCCUCCGUGGAUUCGAUCUCUACCACCAGCACGACGCCAGAAAAUUCUCCCAAGGAUUUUGAUAAGCUGGUCCUACCACCCCCUUACUCCUGCUGUAGUGACUCGAUCUAUCCCGAGUCUAGUCUAGUGGGGCCGGAUACUAUCGACCUCGCGGAUAUCAAGCCAGCGAUGCCUCGCCUGGAAGUUGAUCAACGACUCCCCGAGAGCAACACUGAGCAGCCGUCCAUACCAGCUGAGCUGGGUGCAGACUCCACUUUACUGGACUCCGAUGAAAUCGUUGAUUCAUACACCUCCGCUCCGGCCCAUAAUUCAAUCUUAACAAUUGAUGAAGUGGAAGCUGUGAGUUCUGGGGAACCAGAGUCUGUUGAGAGCCCGGCUCUUCAACCACCUGCGAUUGGGUUGCAAGGCACCGAAGUAUCUGCCCCUAACCCGGGCACCGAAGUAUCUGUUCCCAACUCGCAAGAGACCCAAUCAUCUCUGCCAGACAUCCUGCCUAAUUCGACGGAGGGUGCAAGUCACUCUCAGCCGGUCCACCCUCCAGAAUUCGACCGAAACUCACCUGCAGAAGUUGCUACCAGCGUCGGUAUAACAACACUUCCCCCAACGCUUCCGCAGGUAGACGUAAUUGGGUGCUCCUUGAUGGAAGGGUCAGAUGACUUGAUCAGGUUUGAUAAUGGGGACGGUUCGGAUGAAAAACGCCCGGGUGAUGACUUGCCGAAGCUUACGCCCGCGGGCGAACAGUCUAUAACUUUUUCAGAACUCAGUUCGAAUGACACCCUGAAUGAGCCAGUAGCUAGUGGUGAACCGGUGGUCGUUCAAGCAGAGGGCAAUCAGACCAUUCUCUCCACUGAUGCCUCUGAGAAGAACUUGGUUGGAUCGGCUCGGCCUUCUACCAACGAUUCUCCGGCUGAGGCUUGUGCCAACGAUUCUCCGGCGGAAGCUACGCCACAAGUGGAUGCUGAAGUGACUACCGAAAAUAACAUUGCCCCAGUCUCUCGUCAGACAUCGGUGCGGGAGCCCUGUGUGCCCCAGCUAUCUCGCGACCUUGAGGCUGAUCAACCACCUGUCCCGACUACAGAACUCCCAAAUGCUGCGAACGCCCUCAAUAGCAAUGAGCCAGUUGCCUCAGCUAAUAAUAUUCCCCAAGAGUUCACCCCGGAUAACAAGGUUGCAGCCACAGUACCGGAAGAAUUUCUGAUUGUCGCCGGGCUCAACCCGGAACAAGUGCCAUCCUCAAAUCAUCCAGCUUCCGAUAGUACCCCCGUCGCCAACGAUGUGAAAUCUAGCAAACCUCUCAACCCAUCACAAGCUACUAAUGACCCAGCCAACCCACCCCAAACUGGCGUGUCGAAUUUACCGACUGUAUCUUUCCCGUCGACACGCCCGGUCGAAGAGAAGCAUACCGCUUGGUCACUCAACCCCACAAACAGGUUGAGCUCCUCGACAGAAAUUGUGGACCCAUUAUUGCGAUCGAACAUUCUCAACGAGUCUGUUCGAGACACGAACCUGGCGGCAGUGGACGAGUCGCAGACAGAACAAAUCAAGGCUUCUGCGUCGGCACGCUCCAAGCGUACCCUUCGUGCGCGAUCGAUUUCCGGAUUCUUCAAAUUGAACAGCAAGAAGGAUCUCGCAAAAACCGAGUUGGCUCACAGUCCGACGUCGCAUUCGAUCCAUUCCUCGGAGGAGGAGACUCGAUCGUUUGGAAAGAAAGUUCUACCCAAAAGAAAGUCUUUGAGCAUGCUCAAGCGCAAGAGCGGGUUCUCAUGGAUCAGCCGAAACGUCGAUGAGCCGGUUCCUCCCCUUCCCAAUAACCUACCAGAACCUAUCCCCACAAAUGAUCAGGCCAAGUCUAAACCCGCCAGUCAAGAUGACGAAAAGCUGAAUAUUGUGGAGUCCGUCGAAAGCAAUAAUCUGAAAAACGAGCAUUCGAACCCGGCUUUGAUCCAUACCCCGGGGAAGCAAGAAAGCAACUCGGAACAAUCGUUGCUGGCUGAUGCGACCAGUCCGACGACAGCCGAAGGGAAGACAAACAAAUCGCCCCGCCAAUUCAAAGUAUCACUAGCGAAGCGAUAUUUCCGAAGUGAAUCAGCGCGGGUGGAGGCGACGAGCGGACUGGGGGAAAAUCUCGAAGGGCCAUUCUCGUCAGUGAUCGGCGGGAUUGGCUAUUCUCCCUCUGCACCUCGGCCGAAAACCUUGAGGAAGAAGAGGACGAUGAGCACCCAUGUGGCGUCGACGCCAGUCUUGAAAGACAUCAGGUUCUCCGGAUUGAUCUCUAAGCUUCUCGGCCGGAAAAGUCAUGCGGAUGAGAUCGUUCAGGGCGCUUGA